CCGCGUUCCGUGUCAGGGUGCCAUUACAUGAAGUGCGGAAACGCGGAAGACAAAAUCUUACUAGAUUCCGUGUUCCACGAAUUGAAUUAUUUCUUCCCGUACGUUGACCAGUUCAGCAAUGCAGCUGAAAAGAACAGACUACAAGAGACAGAUUUUCAGUACUCGCAGUGAAUUUCGAAACGCAGCCAAAGCAAACGAGCAUAACCUUUAAAUGUGUAUGAAGCGAUAAAUUGUCAGGAUGGUUGAUGAAUCAACAAAGAAAAGUUUAAGUAAUAUACCAUUGUUACAAACGAAAGCCGGUCCCAGAGAUAAAGAUAUAUGGGUGCAAAGAUUGAAAGAGGAGUAUCAAGCUCUCAUCAAGUAUGUUAAAAAUAAUAAAGAGGCAGACAAUGAUUGGUUUAGGCUACAAUCGAAUAAGGAAGGCACUAAGUGGUUUGGUAAAUGCUGGUAUAUCCAGAAUUUCUUGAAAUAUGAAUUUGAUAUAGAAUUUGAUAUUCCUGUUACAUAUCCCACAACAGCACCAGAGAUUGCUCUACCAGAAUUAGAUGGCAAAACAGCAAAAAUGUACAGAGGUGGUAAGAUCUGCCUAACUGAUCAUUUCAAGCCACUCUGGGCUCGCAAUGUCCCCAAAUUUGGCAUUGCUCAUGCUAUGGCUCUUGGUUUGGGACCAUGGUUGGCAGUGGAAAUUCCAGAACUCAUAGAGAAAGGCAUUAUAGUUCACAAAGAUGAAGAGAAAAAAACCCCUUGAAUGAAUAUGGCACAUAUAAAAAGUGAAAAAAGUUCUUCAGUAGAGAAUGUGCAUGAAAACAGCGAGAAAAUACGAUUGUUGAUAAAUUAUUUUUUAUGCCUCUCAUUGGAGAUUUAUACAAUACGUUAUAUUUUACACAAGAUGCAGAGUAUUUACAUUAUUCAACACGCGAUUAAUAAAGACUACUUAUCGUCGUC